GUGAGCGGCGGUUGCUGUGACUUCCUCGCUCCUCGGCAGCUACAUUGUGUGGAAAGCAGCACGUUGUUGGCUUCUGCACGCUGAACUUUACGCCGAAUUAACGUUCUCCUGCCCAGGGAGAAACCAGAUUCAGAGCCACCAGCUAUUCCAUCGGGCGUCCGUAAGUUACCCCAGCUCGCGAAAACAUGUCGGCCUCGGCGGCAAAAGUGAGUAAAAAGGAGCUCAACUCGAACCAUGACGGAGCGGACGAGACCUCCGAGAAAGAACAGCAAGAAGCCAUUGAACACAUUGAUGAAGUUCAAAAUGAAAUUGACAGGUUGAAUGAGCAAGCCAGUGAGGAGAUCCUCAAAGUAGAACAGAAAUACAACAAACUCCGUCAGCCAUUCUUUCAGAAGAGGUCAGAACUGAUCGCCAAAAUCCCCAAUUUCUGGGUCACCACAUUUGUCAACCAUCCACAAGUAUCUGCCCUACUGGGUGAGGAAGAUGAAGAGGCGCUUCAUUACCUGAGCCGAGUGGAAGUGACAGAGUUUGAAGACAUCAAGUCAGGCUACAGAAUAGAUUUUUAUUUCGAUGAAAAUCCAUACUUUGAAAAUAAAGUACUUUCCAAAGAGUUCCAUCUGAACGAGAGCGGAGACCCAUCUUCAAAGUCAACAGAAAUCAAAUGGAAAUCAGGAAAGGACCUGACCAAGCGCUCCAGCCAGACACAGAAUAAAGCAGGAAGGAAGAGGCAACAUGAAGAGCCAGAGAGCUUCUUCACUUGGUUCACCGAUCAUGCAGACGCUGGUGCUGAUGAGCUCGGAGAGGUCAUCAAGGAUGACAUCUGGCCAAACCCACUGCAGUACUACCUGGUUCCCGACAUGGACGAUGAAGAGGGUGAAGGGGAGGAUGACGAAGAGGAUGAGGAGGGUCUGGAGGACAUAGAUGAGGAGGGGGACGAAGAUGGAGAGGAGGAUGAAGAGGACGAUGGAGAAGACGGAGAAGACGAUGAGGGAGAAGACGACUAAGAAAUAACAUCUGCCGAGACCUUGACCUUCUAUUCCCUGUUUGUUUUUUCCACUCAUAUUCGGGAGCAAAGGUUUUUUUGUUUUGUUUUUUGUUUACUUUUUUUUUAUUUUAAAAACCCGUGUGCUUCAUUUUCCAUUCUGAAGCCUAUUUGCCUGUUGGUGCCAUGUUCUGUUUUCCUUUGACUCAUCUAAGGCCAAAUGGCACUUUGCCCUGAAUUGUGAGUACCGUCCCCAAAGUCAUCUCAGAAAUAAUAAAAAAGUCUCAAAAAUAGAUUCAGCACAGCAUCCUGAGUAGAAUUUGAAAACACAGAAAUUCCUUCAAGGUUGUGUGAUAAAUUGACUAAAGCCAUGGUGUAGUGACCUAGCGCUAGCAGACCUCUCAAUAUCUUCUUCCACAUUUUUUUUUUUUUUUUUUUUUCCCAUUUGGGAUAUUGAACCCUUGAAAACUUAUUUUCCCCUAUGUGGUUAACGAGUACCAGCUCAUUCCUUUGACUUGUAAUGUUUAGAGGGGUGGGGGGUGGGGUAAGCUGGGGAGGGGCAGGAGUAUGGCAGUUAUUGGGAAGAGUGGUUAUUUUGACACCCUUUCUAUGGGACUUUUUUUUUUCAUUGUAUUGUUUUACAGAUAUCCAUGAGAUUUGAAAUGACAUUUUUAAUAAAGAACAAAAUGGAGAAAAAAAAAACAAGCUUGUAAAUUUUGGCCCCCAUUGCUUCAUGGGUUUAAAUAAAUAAAAAAUACCUGUUCUCUCAUAGACAUUUAAUCACACUUUCCUUUUCCGCUGGGGGGAAAAAGAAACUGUUUUAAAUUUGAGGUGUACAACUUGCUUUGUUACGAUAAUAAAAACUUAACUGUGUA